AUGGUAUCUCAUGUUCCAAAAAAUGAGUUCCACUCAAAUCCCUACAACGGGGCUCACUACACCUUGAAAACUUGGCUCUACGAUCUAGUAGUGUUCUUAUUCAACAUCCUGUUCACCAUCUUCUUCCGGGAGAUCAAAGUUCGUGGAAUUCACAAUGUGCCUCCCAAAGGCACUCCCAUGAUUCUGGUGUGUGCUCCGCAUGCUAAUCAGUUCGUUGACGGCGCACUGGUGAUGUCCCAAGUGCGAAACUUAAAGGGCAAUCGUUCGAGAUGCACCUGUCUGGUAACAGCAGAGUCAAGCUACAAAAAACGGUUUGUGUCUCUCUUCAGCAAAUGCACCGGUGGAAUUCCGGUUCCUAGGGCCCAAGACAACCUUGAGCCUGCAGAUGCGUCUCUGCAAAUAUACGUACCGGAUUGGAACAGUCCAACAGUGGUCAAAUGCCGUGUCGUUGGAGGUGGAAACUCCCCAAAUCUUAAAUCUCGUUUUACCGCAAAGUCCCUUAUUGGGCUACCAUACUUCCUGGGCAACAAUCAAAUCGCAGAUAUUCCUGACGACGAGACUCUCGUCCUGGCAAAACCUUUCAAAGACACGGAACGCAUUCACGAGCUGCUUUCCAAAGGCACGAACUUCAAAUAUGCGUCCAAAAUUGAUAAUACCACGGUCUUUCAAAAUGUUUUCAACCAUCUGCACACGAAUGGUUGCGUCGGUAUUUUCCCAGAAGGUGGAUCUCACGACAGACCUUCUUUGCUCCCCAUCAAAGCCGGGGUGGCAAUUAUGGCAUUGGGCGCCGCCGCAGCUGACCCGAGCAUGAAAGUCUCUGUUGUGCCCUGUGGUAUCAACUACUUUCACAGAAACAAAUUCAGAUCAAGAGCAGUUUUGGAAUUCGGUCAACCGAUCAUUGUCGAUGGCGAAAUGGGGAAGCGGUAUAAAGAAAACGCUCGCUCUGAGACCUCGGAUUUGUUGGAGAAAAUUACACAAGCUCUGUACUCAGUUACCGUGAAUGCCCCAGAUUAUGAGACCUUAAUGACUAUCCAGGCCGCUAGAAGACUUUACAGACCAAUGACAAUGAAAAAUGGAUCCAAUCACCUGCCACUCUCGCUUGUGGUUGAGAUGAAUAGACGAUUGUUGGUCGGAUACUCCAGGUACAAGGACGAUCCAAGAAUACAACAUUUGAAGUCGAUGGUCUUGAAAUACAAUAACAGAUUAUUCAACCUAGGUUUAAGGGAUCAUCAAGUCCCAGCACUAACGAUCAAGGGUGGGAAAUGGAUUCUGUCGCUGACUUUACUAUCGCGGACCCUUCUUUUCGCCUUCUACUUUUUCCUCUCACUGCCCGGAACAGUGCUUUUCACGCCAGUGUUUGUUACGUGUCAUUAUUAUGCCCAACGAAAGGCUGAAGAUGGGUUAAGAAAAUCGCUCGUGAAGUUGAAGGGCACAGAUCUUCUAGCGACCUGGAAACUACUGGUUGCAUUGGUAUUGGCACCCUCACUGUACGUGUCCUAUUCUUUGACUCUUUGCUACCUGGUCAAAGCAUUUCCUGCUUUGUUUAGCCGGAUUUGGUUGAUUCGCAUCAGAGAACAUUGCGGAACUUUGGGAAACUUCGUUUAUUUCUACGCUCUACUUGUUGCCGCGACCUACGCAAGUUUCAAGACAGGGGAGCAGGGCGUGGACAUUUUAAAGUCUUUGCGCCCGCUUACCGUUUCACUGAUCUAUCCCAAGCGCCAUCUCAAGAGCUUGCAGAAAAAUCGCGAAGAAUUAAGCAUGGAAGUCACACAGGUAUGCAAUGAUUUGGGCCCCACAGUGUUCCCAGAUUUCGGCAGAUUUUUAAUUACUCAAGAAGCGGCCAAGAAGGGCGAGACCGACGUAGAUCCAGGAUUCAGAAGUAGGUCAUCGUCAGUGCAUUCGAAUAUGUCCGAGUUUUCCAAUUCGCUGUCAAAAGUCAACUCGAGGUCGUCUCUGUCAGAUAUCCCUAUCCUGGGUGACGGUUCGUCAGGGGGACGGAGAAAAGAGGAAGAGCAUAACGAUGAUAAUGAUGAUGAUGUACUUCAAAUCGUUGCACCCUCAAAAGGUUCCUUAAUAGGUAAUCUGGUGAGAGAGAAAAGAGAGAAUCAGAAAGAGGAUUAA